UGCUGAACAGCACCUCCACUUUCCUCACUCACAUCUCUAUUUUCUCUUCAACCAAACACAUACAAGAGAACUAGAAAAUAACAGGAAGAGGGGCUUCCUCAGGGGAAGAAUCAGACAUGGGGUUACACAGAUCAAGCUUAUCGUUGUUCUUACUGAUGAUAUUCACCGCGUCAUCGGCCGUAGACAUGUCGAUCGUGUCCUACGACCAAAGACACGCCGACAAAUCGAGCUGGAGGACGGACGACGAAGUCAUGACGAUGUACGAGGCGUGGCUGGUGAAGCAUGGAAAAGCAUACAACGCCUUGGGAGAGAAAGAGAAGAGGUUUGGGAUCUUUAAAGAUAAUCUCAGGUUCAUCGACGAACACAACUCUCAGAACCUGACUUAUCGGCUCGGGUUGAACCGAUUCGCAGAUCUAACCAACGAGGAAUACCGGUCCAUGUACCUUGGAGUCAAACCCGGUGCUACCAGGGUUACCAGAAAGGUCUCCAGGAAGAGCGACCGUUUCGCGGCCCGUGUCGGUGACGCGCUACCGGAUUUCAUUGAUUGGAGGAAGGAAGGUGCAGUCGUCGGGGUCAAAGACCAGGGCAGCUGUGGGAGCUGCUGGGCAUUUUCAACAAUUGCCGCUGUGGAAGGGAUAAACCAGAUAGUUACCGGCGACCUUAUCUCCCUAUCUGAGCAGGAAUUGGUGGACUGUGAUACAUCCUACAACGAAGGCUGCAAUGGAGGUCUCAUGGAUUAUGCCUUUGAGUUCAUCAUCAACAAUGGCGGCAUUGACUCUGAAGAAGACUAUCCAUACCGCGCUGCUGAUCAGAAAUGUGACCAAUACCGGAAAAAUGCAAAAGUUGUUUCAAUAGAUGGUUAUGAAGAUGUUCCAGAAAAUGAUGAGGCUGCAUUGAAGAAAGCUGUUGCAAAGCAACCAGUGAGCGUUGCCAUUGAAGCAGGUGGCAGGGCUUUCCAGCUCUAUCAAUCUGGUGUAUUUACUGGCAAAUGUGGGACAUCCCUGGACCAUGGUGUUGCUGCUGUGGGAUAUGGCACAGAAAAUGGUCAUGACUACUGGAGUAGAAACUCGUGGGGCAAAAACUGGGGGGAGGACGGGUAUAUUAGAAUGGAACGGAAUCUGGCUGGCAGUUCUUCUGGUAAAUGUGGAAUUGCAAUUGAGCCCUCUUACCCUAUAAAGAACGGGCCAAAUCCUCCUAAUCCAGGUCCAUCUCCCCCAUCCCCAGUACAGCCCCCUACUGUUUGCGAUAAUUAUUAUAGCUGUCCUGAGAGAACCACCUGCUGCUGCAUAUAUGAGUAUGGUAAAUAUUGCUUUGCAUGGGGAUGCUGCCCACUUGAGGGUGCCACCUGUUGUGAAGAUCAUUACAGCUGCUGUCCACACGAUUAUCCAAUCUGCAACGUCAAGGAUGGAACCUGCUUAAUGAGCAAGAACAAUCCUUUGGGAGUAAAGGCCAUCAGGCGCACUCCUGCUAAGCCUUACUGGGAAAAUUUAAAUGAAGGCAAGCGAAGCGCUGCAUGAGCAGAAACCUAUGCUUACAAGCAGUGGAUGGGGGAAAGGAGCAGGCAUGAUGGGUAGGUGGCUGCAUACUCUCCUUAGAUUGCUGUUAAGCACAAGUAAGGAGCAGAGACGAACUGAUGAUUUACUAUAUGAUUAUUCAGAAUCUCAAUAUGUACAUAGGUUGUUAUUAAUCUCCAUUGCAUUUGAACAACAGACACAGCUGAUAAGAUUAUCAAUGUCAAUUAUGAUCUAAAUUCUGUGAAUCCUGCGAUCCUUUAGCAUAUACUAGUGAAUUGGGUUAGCUACUCUGAAGUGAAAGAAGCUGGUUUGGGGUUGGUUUUUCUUGCCCUGUAAGGCUUUCUAUUUGAGGACCCUACUUGAUGUCCUCACUUGUAUUUACGUGCAAGCAUAUUGUUGUUUUGUGAUGUU